GGCGUGCUACACCAGCGUGUAUAAAUUUAUUAGAAAAAUAAGGUUAUUUUUGUGAUUCUGGAAAAUAAAGGAUUUCGUCUUUCUUUUUCCAACAACAAAAACAACCUUCUCCUUUGGUGGUUACUAGGCAACGUUCGCCGGACCAAACCAUCCGCGAGAGGGAAGGGGGAGAUGGUAUUUUUCUCGGCUUUGCUCGAGAUUCGUCAUGCGGCCAUCUUUGAGUGGGGCACAGUUCUAUACAGUCUUAGCCUGGAAAUUAGACGCAACGCGGGGUUGCUAGGCAACGCCCCGGCACCGUCACCAUCUUUGAGUCGGGCACAGCUGCUUAUCACUUUAGAAUGUAAAACAUCCUAGCCUACCUGACGCUUGCUAGACAACGCCUGGGCGCCGUCACUACCUUCAAGCCGGGCGCUUCAUUCUCUUCUCUAAAUAAAUGGAGUCAGCCGAACUAUUUCAGGGAGAAACUACGAAGCACUGCAAGCCCCAGAGGCGCCAUCUUUGUUAGGGCUCCCGUUCUCGGUCAUCGGCUCUCUCAAUGGAGUACACAUGUUUGGGCAGAAUCUCGAGGUGCAGCUGAGCUCUGCAAGGACCGAGGACACGACCGUGGUGUGGAAAAACUUCCAUGACAGCAUCACGCUCAUUGUUCUGUCAUCUGAGGAGGGCACCUCGGAGCUGAGGCUGGAGAGACUACUCCAGAUGGUGUUUGGGGCCAUGGUUCUUCUUGUGGGGCUUGAAGAACUGACCAAUAUCCGCAACGUAGAGAGGCUGAAGAAGGAGUUGAGGGCCAGUUACCGCCUCGUUGACAGUUUCCUGGGGGACUCUGAGCGCAUCGGGGACCUGACCCAGUGUGUGGACUGUGUGGUUCCUCCAGAGGUGUCUCUCCUGCAGGAAGCCCUCUCUGGGUUCGCUGAGGCAGCAGGCACGGCCUUUGGCAGCCUGGUCGUGUCGGGCCGGGUGGUCGCAGCAACAGAGAGCUGGUGGCGGCUGGGGACGCCGGAGGCCGUGCUGCUCCCCUGGCUGGUGGGGUCCUUGCCGCCUCAGGCCGCUCGCGACUACCCGGUGUACCUGCCACACGGGAGUCCCACGGUCCCGCACCGGCUUCUGACCCUGACGCUGCUGCCGGGCUUGGAGCUGUGUCUGCUCUGCGGGCCGCGCCCCCCCCUCAGCCAGCUGGAUCCACAGCUUCUGGACCGCUGGUGGCAGCCAGUGCUAGACCCGCUGCGGACCUGCGUGCCGCUGGGACCCCGAGCGCUGCCCGCUGGCUUCCCCCUGCACGUGGACGUCCUCGGGCUGCUGCUCCUCCACCUGGAAUUGAAACGUUGCCUCUUCACCGUGGAGCCCUCUGGGGAUCAAGAGCCUUCUCCUGAGCAGCGCAGGCGCCUCCUCCGCUCCUUCUACUCGUUGGUCACCGCCACGCACUUCCCACCACCAGGUCAGCGGCCGAAAGUGCCUGCUUCGCACACUUCGGGGACAGCGAGUCUCAGAUCACAGCGGGGAGGACGGGGCAUCCACACUGAUGGGGAGGGGCGGGGAGGUCCCAGCCUCCAGACUGCAGAAUCUACUGGGCAAUCCUGGUAGUUAACACUGACACUGAAUCUCUUGCCGAGGGCUCAUAGCCGGGGACACCAGAGGACAAGGUGGAGGAUGCAGCCCAGAGGGCCCAGGUGCCGAGAGCCUGCUACCUGGUGUCUGGGCCCGAGGAGCCAGGCACAGGAUGGCGGCUGGUGGCCCUGCAGUUGGGGCCACGGCGGUUGCUGCUGCUGGUGUCCGCCCAGAGCCCCACCCAUGGGCUGCGGAGCUUGGCCACCCACACUCUCCACGCUCUCACCCCGCUCCUCUGACCCCUCGGCCUGAGCCAUGAACACGGACACUGCUGUUAGCGUCUCUCUGUUUAUUCGCUCACAAUAAUACACAGCCCCUGGACGGGGAGGGGGCGGGAGGGGCUACGAUGGGGUGGGGUGGGAGGGGA